AUGAGCAAUGCUUUGGAGACACUUAUUCGUACCUUCUGCAUUCAAAAGUCAUUAAAAAAGCAUACUAAUGUUCAUCUUUUCGGUUCGACCUGGGGGUAUAAUAUCUACCGCAGAUAUGCUGUUGUAGAGCGUAUAGUACAGGCUCAACGACGACCACAACAAAAUCCGCAAGGUACACAAAGCAAUUUGAACACUCCAGCAAGUGAACAAUCGGAGAAUCAGCAAAACCAGCUUGCUCAGGAGUCUACAGGAGAUCAAGCAAACGCUAGCCUACGUGGUGAACAAGAAUCGAGAUUUUCGAGGAUAACUACAAAUCUACGUUUGGCAGCAAAUCUUUCUUAUCAGUUCUUUGCAGCUCUGAUUUCCUCAAUUAUUCCAGAACAACCACCACCACUACAUUUAGACUAG